CCCCGACCAUGCGGUCACCAAGCUACUUCCCUGCUAAAGGAGAGGAAGAUAUCACAGUAAAACAAGAAGUAGAGAGUGAGGCCGUUACUGUGAAAGAAGAGGCGGGCGAGUUCAGAGUGAAAGAGGAGGAGGAUGAUGUUACAGUAAAAGGAGAGGAGGAUGCAGUUUAUGGAGUGAAAGAGGAGGAGGAUGAUGUUACAGUAAAAGGAGAGGAGGAUGCAGUUUAUGGAGUGAAAGAGGAGGAGGCAGAGUUGACUGUUACAUCGAAAAGGGAGGAGGAGGGAGAAGAGGAGGCACCUGGAUAUCUGGGCCCGGUUUCCCAAACGCAUCUUAAGGCAUCCAAUGGUUCUAACGAAGAAUUUAGCCAUAAGAUGGUUUUGAGAAACCGUUCCCUGAUUAACACUAGAGAGAUACAGGACUACCGUGGAUCCUCUGGGGAGCCUCAACCACCUCAUGAUGCUGACAUGGUAGAGAGGAGUCUCUCCAUAUCAAAAGACCUCAAGAAACGCCUGCAGAGACCCACAGGGAAGAGAAGUCACUGCUGCUCUGACUGUGGGAAGAGAUUCACCUCCUCAUCAGGCAUUAAAAUUCAUCGGAGAAUCCACACAGGAGAGAAAUCUUCUAGCUGUGGUCAAUGUGGGAAGGGAUUUGCUACAUCUGGCUCUCUGACUGUACACCAGAGAAUACACACAGGAGAGAAACCUUAUAGCUGUGGUCAAUGUGGGAAGAGUUUUGGUCAAUCUGGAGCUCUGACAGUGCACCAGAGAACACACACAGGAGAAAAACCUUAUAGCUGUGGUCAAUGUGGGAAGAGUUUUGCUGCAUUUAGAGUACUGAUUCGACACCAGAGAAUACACACAGGAGAGAAAUCUUAUAGCUGUGAUCAAUGUGGGAAGAGUUUUGUUCAAUCGGGAGCUCUGACAGUGCACCAGAGAACUCACACAGGAGAAAAACCUUAUAGCUGUGGUCAAUGUGGGAAGAGUUUUGCUGCAUCUAACACUCUGACUCUACACCAGAGAAUACACACAGGAGAGAAAUCUUAUAGCUGUGAUCAGUGUGGGAAGAGUUUUGCUGCAUCAAGCCAUCUAACACUACACAAGAGAACACACACAGGAGAGAAACCUCAUAGCUGUGAUCAAUGUGGGAAGAGUUUUGGUCAAUCUGGAGAUCUGACAGUGCACCAGAGAACACACACGGGAGAGAAACCUUAUAGCUGUGUUCAAUGUGGGAAGAAUUUUGGUAGAACUGGCCAUCUGACUCGACACCAGAAAACACACACAGGAGAGAAAUCUCAUAGCUGUGGUCAAUGUGGGAAGAGUUUUGGUCAAUCUGGAGAUCUGACAGUGCACCAGAGAACACACACGGGAGAGAAACCUUAUAGCUGUGUUCAAUGUGGGAAGAAUUUUGGUAGAACUGGCCAUCUGACUCGACACCAGAGAACACACACAGGAGAGAAAUCUUACAGCUGUAAUCAAUGCGGGAAGAGUUUUACUCGGCUAAAUGGCCUGACGGGACACCAGAGAACACACACAGGAGAGACACCGCAUAGCUGCGAUCAAUGUGGGAAGAGAUACUCUGAUAAAAGAUGUCUGAUUAAACAUCAGAAAAUACAUAAAGGAGUUGUUUCAUGAUAUCAAUGAAAAAAUGUCACAAUGUAGAAUGUUUUUAACAUUGUAGUAUGAGUAUUUUAAGGUAUUUCACAAUGUAGAAACCUGAAUGUUUGCCCCUUUCAAUUGAUUUCAGCGUGAUAUGGAUAUUAGCCCUGGGAAAAAUCCAGGCUCUGAAAUGAGAGUUACUAUUUAUGUGAUUUAACAAAAAGUGACUAACACAAAAAGAGCUGUGCCACUUACCAUGUUGGUGACCCACUUGAAUCAAAAUGCAACACUUCAAAAUGUAGCUAGCUGUUUUAUACAAGUUGUCCUCUAAACAGUGAUGUACACAUUAUUCCCAGAUUCCGUGUGUUUUUUUAGCUAUUAGUUUUAACAGGACGUGCAACCUCAUCUCCCUCCUCUCAGCACAAUUGAUUUCAACAUGAUAUCGAUGAGUGAUGACAAAUAAGUGUUGCAUUCCUUUGUAAAUUGAUAUGCAGCACUCCAAAAUGUAGCUGACUGUCAUCUGCAGGUUGUCCUCUAACCAGUGAGGUAAACGAUAUC